AUGCUUUGGAGCCCCACAGCUUGUGUACUUCUGUUGGCGCUGGUUGCGUGCAGGGGCGAGCAGGGGGACGCCAUCAGCAGAGUGCUCCAGUCCAGGGACUAUGGAGUCAAGCUGUGCGGAAGGGAGUUCAUACGUGCCGUCAUUUUCACCUGCGGAGGCUCCCGAUGGAAGAGACUCAACAUGGCAGACGAUGCCUUCCAGCGGAGUCCCGACCGUGACGAGCAGCCCGCUAUCCACAACCUUCUUCACCGGCGCCGCUCCUCCGCCUUUUCUUCCGAUUCUGGAACCGAAGUCUUGACCGUUCACACGCAUCAGAGCAAGAGAAACGAACCUGAAUGGUUCAAUGUUUUGGGCGCGCUGGCAAAGUUGCAUCCUCGAAUCGGCGACGACGACAGCAGCAGGGGAAGGCGGCACUUUUCUCAAGGUGUCGCUGGCGUCUGCUGUAGCCAAGGUUGCACUCGAAAUGAUAUAGGACGCUUGUGUUGA